UUGUGCGCGAAGCAACCAAGCAGCAGCUUUUACAAGGGGCUUUUUAGAGGCCAGCGCGAGCAGAAGACACGGGAAAUGUAAAUUAAUGUUGUAAUUAGCGUUGACACUGGGCGAUAUUACGUUAGUAUACAGCCUCGAAACACUGUAAAUAGCGAAAAUUGUCGGAUCUUUUUUAGUUGUACAUGCGGUUUUUGUAAAAAAAGUGUUCUAGCAUCUAGUUGUAUAUUUUGUAAAGUGCAAAAUUUUGGAACAACCGCAGUGGACAGCCAAUUAUCCGGGCAGGAACGAUUAUUGUGUCCCGCAUACAAUUAGCAGUUCGGAAGUAACAAAAUUCGCGGUGGCGUAAUGUAAAAAUUCUAAUGGAAUAGAUAAGUUUUCACGCAUUUCCACGGAAAGAAAACCUCUGCUUCCCUGUACAGUUAGUGAUAGACAAUUUUUCGGCAUUUCGAGUUUCCGUACCGGGAAAGUGUGCGUGUACUAGUGAGCACUUCUGGAGUAUCGAGUUUGAUUCGGCGAGUGAACCCCAAAAGGGAAGACCAGUCGAGAACGCGACUGAGAAGAUCCCGGGUGGAAAAGAGUGAAUUCUUCCAGUCCGCGGGUAAUACUAGGCCGGAUCUCGAAGAAAUCGAAGUGUAAUUAUUCCCUGUGAGACACGGGCGUGGAAGUGGCUGGUGCAAAAAAGUGACCCCCUGACGCAUCCCGCAAGCGAAGAAGAGAAUAAAGGUGCAUAGCACCUCUUUGUUGGAUGCGAAAAGGAGAGAGAGUGAGGGGUGCGUGUGUGUUGUGCCUGAAGCUUCCGGGAGAAUCCCAAAACGGGUGAGGUCAGUUGAAGUCAGUGGCGCCAGUGUGCGUGGCCGGCUCUUCCAUUCCGGAGAUUUGGGCUUCUGUGAGAAUAUUAAUUGUUAGUUUUGUUGGUGAUCGAAAUAUUGGAGUGGCAAACUGGCGAGCCCGUUUGCAUGAAACGAAUAAACAGUUUCAUUUUCAACAUCGAGGUGUGUCAAAAACGUUCGGCCUAACACAUUUCGCUAUUAGCAUCUGUGUGCGGUGAAGCGGAAGGAAAGCCCCGGACCGACCCCAAACGACAACACAACGUUUGCGUGGAUUUGUUUUCAAACAACUAGACAGCAAUCACAACAAAAGCCAGCAGCGGCAGCAGCGUCUUAUCUGUCGUCUGAGGAACCGAACUUUUUCGUCUUAAGUGUAGCUUCUGCUGCUUCACAACAGAUCUCGUGCAUAAAUAUUAUUAUCCAACAUCUCCUAAAUACGUCGCGAAACAAUCCACAGCACAGAAGUGGCAGUUAAGCGUGGGACUGCUGUACGCAUCGUUUCGCCUUUUUUGAAAUACUGCCAUCGCUCGAAAAGCUCCCAAAAUUCAUCUGGAAGUGUUGCAGCAUCCAUUCGAGCCAGAGGCGGCCGCUAUGAAACUGCUCGGUGGACAUGACGACGGUGGCGGACGACCCAACCGGUCACAGGACGAUGCCGCGGUGGGCUACGUCUUCCAGCGACACCCGAACGAGACCGAGUUCAACCAGUUCGCCCAGAAGCAGUCCCGGUGGGCUUCUGGGGACGAUGCCAUUAUCGAUAACCAGGAUAAAUGGAAAUACAACCCCACGCUGACGAGUAACAGUACGGGCGGACUACUCCCACCGCCUACCAUGAAUUCGGUCUCUAAGCAUCAGGUCCAUCAGCAGCAGCAAGCGCAUUCUCAGCAACAGCAGCAACAACAACAUCAGCAGCAGCAGCAACAGCAGCAAAUGCCAAUGAUCAACCAUCCAUCCCAGCUGACGAAUCACCUGAACCAUCAGAAUCAUCUCAAUCACACGAUGCUGAACCAUACGGCCAUGGGCAACGCUGCGGCAAUGCAGAUGCAGAUGCAAGGGGCCGGAAUGUACGAUCACCUUCAUCCCCCGAACGUGAACGUGAACGGUGUGGUUCCCAAGCCUCCGCCCGGCCAGGAGCAGCUGGUGUUUCUCGGCGGAGGUCAACAGUACGGUGUUCUAGCGCCACAGAAUCAGUACAUCGCCAGGAACAAUGCAGCGAUCACAACGUCAGCAACGAAGAAGCUGUGGGAGAAGGGUGGCAGCAACGAUGUCAAGGUGGCCUCGGGUGCGACCGGUCCGUUGGCCCCCCUGCAGCUACACGGUAGUAACGACCAUCAGGUAUGGCGUGAUUCGACAUGGUCUUCGCAGGGCGAUGCGAUACUGGCCUCGAGACGCAUAUUUCCACACGCUCCGGACUCGAACCCGACCGGAUCGACGGGAAUUUUGAGCCCACGCGACUCCACUGGAGGGCUCGGUGUAAAAAUGGUAGAAUAUGUCCUGGGUGGAUCACCGACGAACAAGGAGAGCCCACUUGCUAGCCUGGAACCUCGUUUUAAGGGGUUGAAAUUUGAUGAUAAUGAUAAGACAUCUGACGAUAAAGAUAAGUCCAACUCGCCAUUCGAAUCGAACGGUUUGAAGAAGGAGGAAGUAAACUCGACUAACGGUGUGGUGAUUGUAAACGGAAUUGACGACGACAAAGGAUUCAAGUAUGUCACAAGUCGCACUCCCGGGUCUCGGCAACCGUCACCCGCCGAGGAACAUCUCUCGCGAGGUUCGAAUCUGUUGGAUGCCCCAUCCCACCAUGGCUCUGGCUUUCCGCAGCAUCCCUCGCUGCACCACAUGCUGGGUUCGGCCGGUUCGGUCGGUGGGAGCGCAAAUGAUGUCGCUCAGCAGGCAGCCGCCGCCGCUCUGGGAUCCUACCAUCCCCAGAUGAUCAACCAGAUGAGCCAGAUGAGCCAGCUCAGUCAGAUGAAUCAAAUGAACCAGCUCAAUCAGAUGCAGAGUCACGUGAUGAACGGCGUGGGUGGUAUCCCACAGAUUACGCAGAAUCAGAUGGUUAGUCAACCCGGACAGGGCCCUAACCAGCUUGAAUCCACUGCGAAUCUGCUGCAGCAGCCACACAAUUUCGAUGUACAGCAACUAUUCAGAUCGAAUCCCGGCCUCACAGCAGCCAACUCGGCGGUUCCGGGGGCACCAAAUGGACAGCCACUGCCACAGUCAGCCCUCUCGCUCUCUGCCCAGCAGCAACAGUUCCUGGCGCAGCACAAUGCGGCAUAUGCAGCGCAACAAGCGGCACCUUACGUCAUCAAUCCAGGACAGGAUCCGUCGCCGUAUAUGGGCGCCCUUAUCACGGCAGGUGUGCCCCAGUAUUACGGAGUGGCCGCUGCCCCGUGGGGGGUGUAUCCUGCCAACCUGAUACCUCAGCAACAGUCCCAGCCUCGGAGACCACUGACACCCUCUCAGCAGGGUGCUGAAAAUCAACCCUACCAGGUGAUAUCGGCCUUCUACGACCAGAGCGGCUCGCUGGUGAUGGGACCGCGCACUGGAACACCGAUGCGGCUGGUCAGUCCGGCGCCCCCGGUGCUGGUUCCACCCGGUGCAGCUGGUCCGCGGGGUCCACAGGCGCCGCCGACGAUCUAUCCACCGCAGCCACAGACGGCACAGCAGAGCAUGUACUCUGCCCAGAACGGAUCCAACGUUGGAGGUCUCGCCCUGAACACAUCGACACUGAGUGCCCGGAGGGAUUCGUUCGAUCGUAACACAUCAGCCUUCAGUCCAUCGCUGGACUACUCAUCAGCAUCGUCGAAUGCCGUGAUGAGCAAUGCUGCUGUGGCGGCUGCAGCUGCCGCCCGGAAAUGGCCCGUAGGCGCAGGAAGCUAUGGAGGAUUAAACACAGUGAACGCCUCGGCCAGCCCACUCGGUACCUCAAUUAGUCCGCCACCGGUUUCCGGGCUGGGAGCACUGGUUACCAGUCGUGCUCCAGGGGCGGAAACAAAAUACCGUCAGGUCAAUCAGUUGGCCCCGGGAAUAUCUGCGAAUGCUAUGUUUGGAUCGAGUAACUCACUGUUUUCGAAAUUGUCUGGAUCUAUUGUGCGCCCAACGACCGCCGCAGCCGCUGCAGUCGCAGCCGUCGCUGCUGCUACACCUGGACUGGAUCGUCCACCCGGCCGUUCCCGUUUGCUGGAAGAUUUCCGAAAUCAGCGAUAUCCUAACCUUCAGCUGCGUGAUCUCACCAAUCAUAUUGUCGAAUUUUCACAAGAUCAGCAUGGUUCACGAUUCAUCCAACAGAAGCUGGAGCGAGCAACAGCGGCUGAGAAGCAGCUAGUGUUCAACGAAAUUUUGGGAGCAGCCUACAGCCUGAUGACCGAUGUGUUUGGCAACUACGUUAUCCAGAAGUUCUUCGAGUUUGGCUCUCCGGAACAGAAGCAGGCGCUCGCCCAACAGGUCCGCGGCCAUGUUCUCCCACUAGCCCUUCAGAUGUACGGAUGUCGCGUGAUUCAGAAAGCACUCGAAAGUAUCCCAUCUGAGCAACAGCAGGAAAUAGUGCGUGAACUCGAUGGACAUGUGCUUAAGUGCGUUAAGGAUCAAAACGGAAAUCACGUAGUUCAGAAGUGCAUCGAAUGUGUCGAUCCGGUGGCUCUGCAGUUCAUCAUCGACGCGUUCCGCAAUCAGGUAUACUCACUAAGCACACAUCCGUAUGGUUGUCGUGUAAUCCAGCGGAUACUGGAGCACUGCACACAGGAGCAGACGGCACCGAUCCUGGCGGAACUGCACGCCAACACCGAACAGUUGAUUCAGGAUCAGUACGGAAAUUAUGUGAUUCAACAUGUUUUGGAGCAUGGAAAACCAGAGGACAAAUCGGUUCUGAUUGCUGCUGUGCGAGGAAAGGUUCUCGUACUGUCUCAGCACAAGUUUGCUUCUAACGUUGUAGAAAAGUGCGUUACACACGCAACACGUGCCGAACGGGCGCUGCUGAUUGAAGAGGUGUGCUCGUUCAAUGACGCGGGUCUCCACGUGAUGAUGAAGGACCAGUACGCCAACUAUGUGGUGCAGAAGAUGAUCGACGUGUCGGAGCCCACGCAGCGCAAAGUGCUCCUCCACAAGAUCCGUCCGCACAUGAGCUCGCUGAAAAAGUACACCUACGGCAAGCAUAUCAUCGCAAAGCUGGAUAAGUUCUCCAUGAAGACACCCAACUCGAUUGGUGCUGGCGGUGUCCCGGGCAGUGGACCCGGUGCAGGUAAUUGUAACAACGCUGGGGGUGGCCUCGCGGGAUCAGCGGACGUUAGUAUGACGAAUGGAACCAAUGUUGGUAGCAAUGGGGGGCAACCGAUGAUGAACUCCAAUGGGACGGGGCAGGUGUCUUCAAAUGGCGUGAGCGGAGUUAUCGUUGUCAGUAACAACAACGGUGGAGUAGCUACGAAUUUGGGUCCAAUCGGGCCUCCGCCUACCAAUGGAGUCAUGUAAGGAUCGGUAGAGAUCCGGUUAUUGCAAUUAUCAACUGACGAGAGUUCUGAGAGAUACGAAAAGUGAGAUAGCGCCUAUCGGGAGAGUGAGUGAGUCAUCUUCUGAUUCGAGAACACGCCUUCGAUCGCCGGAGGAUACCAAACAACACCCUUGUAUAUAUAACUAUAUUUCCCUUUUCCCUCGAUGAUUUUUUCCUCCCAAGUUUUGUGUUAUAUUAUAGCAAUUGAUCAUUAAGUGGCAAGUAUCAGAGCAGGAAGUUGAACUUUAGCAUUUUUCCAUUAUUCGAAUGGUCCACAUAACCUCUCCGAUCAAUCUGUAAAUUUAUUGCAUAGAUGAACAACGGAUCUCAGUCCUACGAAACAGUAACACGCAGACGGGCCUGUAUCGAUUUGGCAAGAAGGACAUAUUUUUAACGUGCUUUUUUAAGAAAAACAUAUAUUUUAGAAUGAAUUUUUCUUCUCCGCGAUAGAACCGCGUUCCGAAAGAUAGAUUGACACAGAAGUUUGUCGUCCUCACGCGCUAGCAAUGCAAGACAACAUUGCCAUUAUGUAAGAAUCCCGGAACUAGUUUGGUUUCGCGAUAGAAAAAUUAGUGUCAGCAAAAUUUUAACUAAUAGUUUUGUUUUUAGCAGAACACAACCCCGCACACACUCCAGAUUAAUUAUCAGUGUCCAGAUAUUUGCCCGCUAUGCCCUAUCGAAUAACGAAUCGGAUGCGCUUCAAGCUUUUCGAAUGAUCUCUUGGUUGAAGAAUUGUAAUAGAAAGUAUGAAACUAUAUAGUAGGUGGGGAGAGGACUCUCUUCGCGUAGUAUUUUUGCAUUUUAUACAUAUAAAUUAGAUGAACGCGUCCUAGGGCCGCUAGUGGGGCGGGCGCCCAUAGGACAUCAUUAUUGGUAUAGAAAUUUUAGGUGUAUCCUGUAUUGUAAUCGAAGUCUUAACUAAUGUAGAUGGAUGAAUUUGUAGACAGCAGAAAAAAGGUCUUUUUGGAUGUAUAAAUCACUUAUAAAUAGUAGUUUUCGGAAUAACUCGAUUUUAGCAGCAUGCGGAAGAUGUGACUUUUUGAGCAUUAUUUUGAAACGUCGUCGUGUGUGUUGGGCAAAAGAGGCAGAAGGUCGGGAAACUGUAGAUUAGGAGAAAAAUUGAGGUGUAUAGCAUGUAUCAUUUAUCAUUUACGUUGUAUUAUAUGCAAAUUUGAAAAAGAAGAAAAACGUGUUGAAUACACAGGACCGGAUUGCAAAAGGAAUCUGUUCAUAAAAACAAUAGCGCCUUUACUAAUAAUAACCGUAACAGAAUUGAGUUCGAACAAAAUUCCCAUCGUUCGUGGAUGGGUAGGUUUAUUUUUCGCAAGUGAUGCCGGCGACGACGUUUCAACGUGGAUAAGCUGAGGUAUAAAAAGGUAAUAACUUCAAUGCUUUUGAUUGCGUGAAAAUUUCACUUUCAUGUAGAUAAGCAGCAAGAAAAUUGCUUAGAUAAAAGUGACGGAGAAAGUUGAUCAGUUCAUAAACCUCUCGGCAGAAAAAUUGAUUCGCAUCCAUAGAGAUUAAUCAGCUCGCGUCCUGUUACGCACUUGCUGACGUGACCAAUUAGUGUUGAGUUAAUUAUAACUCGAAGAGCUGCUGGUGAACUGUAGCUGUAGUAAGCAGUCGACCUCAGAGUUACUGUUGUUGAGAGGGCGUUCUCUCUUCGGUUGUCUGAAAAUAGGGUCUUUUCUUGCAAAUUCGGAAUCAGUUUUGACCUUGAUUUUAUUAUCACGAAAACCUUUCUUCAGCGGAUGUCACAGCCGAAGGGAACGCUCUGUUUCUGUUCGUGUAGACGCCAGUGACUAAAUAUGUUAAUUUAAAUGGAUUUGUCAUAAGUGUCGAAUCAAUAAAGCGAAGCGAAGACUUCGUUUUUAUGUAAUAAGAAAUGAAAAAUUUUAACAUUUCUCUAUGCGAUGAAAGCAAAGCAUCCAGGAGCGAUGGUAAAAAAUAUGUUAAAAACAAUACGAAAAAAAGAGGCAACAAAAUAUCGAUUAGUUAUUUUAUUAAAUAGAAACAAGCUGGCAUAGGGAUCAUUUUUUCGAAGAUAAUAAACGAAAAUUUUGAGAAUAAGUACACACACACAGAUUAUGAGCCACAUUAAAAACGUUGAUGGAAUCGCGAGGCACAGGAAGUAAACUGAACGCGAGGAGAACAUUACCAGUUUUAGACGAUAAUCGUGUUGCUAACAACAACAUACGUUUGCUGGAAACUGGGUUUUCCUUUUUCGAAAGAUCAGGUUUUUUGCUUGAGGACGAUCCGUUCGAAUUGCUCUCUCUCUCAUUAUUUGAAUAAAGUAUUAUAACGGAUGUGUUUUUCGUAAAUCGCUAGCGACAAAUUAGAAUAAUCAACCUUAUCCUCAUUAAUUGACACUAACAAAAAAUCCGAAAACUUUUAGACAACAUCAAAAAAAGUCAGAAGAUAGAGAAGGAUUUUGGAAUUGUUAUUUUCACAGAACGUUGAUGCGAAUAACCGAAACAAAUGUGUGUCCUAGUGCAUUAUUUUUCGCAUUACUUAGAAGAAGGAUAGUUAUGUUAUGCCUAAUAAAAGUAUCGUAUAUAUUCAACAGCAGAUACAGCGUAGAAAUUAGUAACAUUUCCUCAGAAUACAGAAACAGUUAGCAUUUAAAUGGAUAGUAAGACAAGCGAAUUAACACACACAAAUACACACACAUGAACACACACACUAAUUUUUUUUUCGUUUGAUCGCAUUGGAGCGAUCAACAUUUACAAUUAACUGAUGAUGAAAGCAAACGCAAACAUGCAAGCAUUUAUAGCAAGACACGUUAUAUUGAAGACAAUUAAGAAUGUUUUCCUCUACGAUAUUCGCGAAAGUAGGGUUAGAAAAAGGAAUCAUGAUCAAUAAAAAAAAAAAAUAUAUAUAUAUAUAUAUAUAGCAGGUAAAAAUCCAGUAUAAAAAAUUAAACUAGUAGAAUUAAAACCUAUGUUUUAGAAACAUGAUUUUCUGUCAAUUUUCGUGUAAAUGUAACAGUUAUAUCCAACAAGAUCAUACGCGAACCCAUACUCACGAUGCAAAUGAGUCAAAUCAAAUUCACACAUGCGAAAAUUGAAAAUACUAAUAACCGUGUUACGCCGCGAGAAGAAAGUCUGUGUUUUUGCAGUGCAAAAUCACACAAGUGAAGGCUGUCUUAGACCUCUGUUGUGAACGUGAACAAACACUUUUUGUUGGUAAAUAACUCAUCAGUUCAUAUGUAAAACGCGAGGAAAACAUAUUGAAACGGGGAGAAACAUUUUCUAGUUGAAAAUGUUGAAAAGUUGAAAAUAUUUCAGUACGGUUCUGAAUUUCCACCGUGAAAUCGAGAUGUUUGGUGAGUUCACUAUAGUUCGCCAGCAGCAGUGAACGUGAACGCGAAAACAGUGGUGAAUAUAGAAGUCAAAAUAUUUCUCUAUUCACAUUCGAAUGUCUCAAGCCAUUCUGGAAAUUAUUUCGGCGUGGAAACUGCUAUUGUUGUUGUAUUUUCAUAGUAAGUUAUGGAUCCUUUUUUUAAGAAUAUUGUUAUCCGAGAGAUGGAGAGUGAAUUGGAAGAAAUCGUUCAAGUGGAAAACAGCUUAGGGCUAGUUAAAUUAUUAUAACAGCUCCGAGUAUGAAGGGUCUCCAGCAACGCACAACAAACAUAUUAUGCUGGAAGUACGAAAGAAGGAGUUUGCCAGGCAAUUCAAAUAAUAUUCCUGUGGGGAGGAUGAAAAAGAUGAAUUCUACAGGAAUUUAUCGAAACGUAAUGAUGCCUGGGAAAAUAUCGCAAAAACAAUAUCCAUAUCAGGUAAGACUAAAAGUGAUGAUGCGGCGCAGAAGAAGGUGACGACGAACGAGAGGAAUCACAAGAUGUGGGAUGACGAGAUCCGGGGAUUCUCGUGCUGUAUCGAGAAGUCGCCUCAAUUCAAUUGGGUUCCAGGCGCCUCAACACUCGCAAGUCACUUUCGAUCUGAUCGCGCCAUCAUGCGCGCUGUGCUCCUGUUUUUGGUGCCGAAGGGGUUGCUGAACAAAAAAAUGUUAUUGAACGGACGUAGACCAUUACAUGGUUCAGGGCAGACUUGUUCAGUCGCGUUAGUUUGUCGGGAAAAAUGUCCCAAUUCUCGUGCAUUAUUUGCCAUGGCUGUUCUCGGUCAACUAAGUCGUAUGCUGCCCUUAUGUCAAUGAAAAUGGGGUGCGUGGCCACGUUGCGUUCCCGCCAUUUUUGCAGAAUCGAACAGAUUGACAAAUUUUUGGUCCGCGGUAACGUGGGCUCCCAUGAAACCGGCCUGGUACUGACCCACGAACCCACGAACCGUCGUUUGCGACGCUGAUGAGCGUAAUGCCACGGUAGUUGCAGCAUUCCUGCUUGUAGAUGUAGAUCUCACCCAGGGCAGAUCCAUCUCGGCUUUCGCUUACUGCUGCAUCCACCUGUCAACCACGUUGCCUUCAUUCGUGAUCAGUUUGUUCUUACAGUCUCCAAAAUGUUAAAGAAUCUGGCGGACCCUGGUUGAGUAUAUCGUUGAAAUGGAUAAUUUUGCUGCUCUACGGUGUUUUUGCAAAGUAUUUUCCCAUUUAGCUAAAAUUUUAGAUUUUAUGAGGUCAUCUAACUGAAAGUCGGAGUCGGAGACGGUAAAAUGUCACUGACUCCGACUUCGACUCCUAAUACAAAGAAAUUCCUUCCGACUCCGACUUCAAAUCCAUAGCCCUGCAUCAUACCAGUCUUUUCUGCCGUUCGGCGCCACCACUCCUAGUAUAUUCGUCGUAGAUUCCCUGAUUGCUGUGCGAAUCCCGCACCAACCAUCUUCAAGAGGUGUUGCGCCUAACUCCUCUACCGUGAGAAGUGUCGCGUCGAGUUGUUGUGCGUAGUUUUCCGCGACUUGGGGGUUCCGUAACUGCUUGAUGUCGAGCCGACGGGAUCGCCGUAGGCAUAUUCACUCCAGAGUUGGGUGAACAUAUAUUGCAGAUUUGUAUUCAUUCGCCAUGCCAAUUAGAACAACCAUUUGCUUCAAUUAGAAAUGAAUUGACGAGUGUUAAAAGCGAGGGUAACUGAUGAAUGAGUCGUGUUUGGCGGUGAAUGCGUUCGUUGUGACCUCGAAGCGAAGCAACUAAGAGGAGUUGAUUUUUUUGCAUUGUUUUCGUAAAUGUUGAACCCUGGUAAAAGGUAUAAGCCCGCUUUGAAAAUCAAGUACAAUAGCAUCACAGACCUAAUCGAUAAUAUGACAAAAUGGCGACUUGCUUAUGCAAGUAGAAAUGUGAUGUGAUGAUGAAAUGUGAAAGAUGAAAUGUGACCAGAUAUCAAAAAACCCAAAACAAUCGCCAACCGCAUUUUCGAAGAAAUUAUAUCAUUCGAUCGAGUGUUCACUAAGCUCACUUCAAAUGUUUUUCGGCUCGGGUAAAGAUCCGAUUGCAUGAAUUUGCAUCCAUGCGGAAGUUUUCACUGAAAACUCGAGAGCUACUAAACAUAUUCUUAAAUGUGGUUCUAAAGCAUCCGCAUUCAUUUCUUCUCAAAAAAUGUGGAUGUACUCAACCAAGACGUCGAUUUCGUUUCCUUCUUCGUGUGUUCAACAAAGAUAGCAGAACAACGAAAGGAUGAUUUCCAAGUUGUUUGUUCGCAAUGUGGUUCGUUCACGGGAGGUCUAAACCAGACUUAAUAAAGCAAAAAUCAGUUCCGAACGAUUUCCGGCUGGAAGAAAGCACCGAGUGUGCGUGUGUGUGAAAGCAAACAUAAAUAGCAUCUAUUUUUCACUAGAUUCUAACUUAUAUUAACCACAUUUCCUAUUGAAAUUCUUUUGGGAAGAAUGUUGUUCAUCAUCAGUGAGGCCACCAUCACCACCACCACAAGGGAAGAUGUUUAUAUUGAACAUAGUGGUGAAAUUUAGUAAUUCAUUUGUAAAUUUCAUAGCCAACAGUUAGUUGAGAAGCUUUCAUUAUCCUCCAUUUGCUGAAAAAUAGUCGUAUUUAUAUUUAGUUUUACGUUACAUUCACGAAUCGUAACUUUUUCAUUGGACACUUUUUAUUGUUUCUGUCAUAACUAAUUUAGACUAAUUGAUCUAUUAUGUCAUGUAGAAUAGUUUUUCAUCUUAUUAAAUCAUAUUCUAGUUUAAGAAUCUACAUUAAAACAAAUCAACCAGUGCGCGGAACACUUGGCGGGGGAUGUGUGCCUUCGUGUGUGUUUUCGUUUUUUUCUUCCACUAACAAAAUUCGAAUCUCUUUGUCUCAAAGGAUCGCGCGUGCGCAGCAAUGCAAUGCGCCUGUAUAAAAUAGUGGGUUUUCUGUUUUAGGACAAUGACCCGUCAACUGUUUAGCGCACUGUGUUUCGCUGUGUAGACGGAAGAUCGGCGUUACUUUACUAAUAAUUCCCCCUGCGUCAAGCGCUGCUUAAAUCUAAGCCAAUUUUUUCACUUGAGAAGUAAAGAGGAGCGUUCAUUUCUGGUAGGGAAAAAAUAGUGUAGAUUUAUGUCAUUUCUCACAGUAUACAACAAACACUCUGAACGGCGAAUUUAGCAGAUCAUGCAUGGUAAUCGUGUAGAGGUAAAUCAAAAUCGCAGGGCAAAAAGUGAAGGAAAAACAUUGUAUAUCGCUGUACAAAAUUUAUAUAAUUAUUUUAUACUGAACAAACAAAAAAGGCAACCCGAAAAAGUGGAAGAAAUUUUAGCGAACCAGCAAAAAAUGAACACACACGCAUAUAAGCAAACACAAUAGUAUUAAAUGUACAUUUAGAGAGCACAUGUAGAAAUUGGAAACGGAAACUAACAUCGCCUCCUCCACCGUUUAAGAUAAACGCAGUUACUAGAAUCGAGAGAAUUGUCAAAUUUCGUGUAAAAAAAAGGUUUUCCGGAGUUAAUUUCGAGUAGCUUUGACCGUUGUCGCAUAUCACGGGCGCAAUGGCUGCCUGACUGCCCGGGCGGUCAGGCACGGAUUUGGAUGGAUGUAUAUAACCUGUGUAGUAUUAACCCCAACAUAUAUGAACGUGAAAUUCAAUUAUUCCUGUGGUAGCAUCCGGAUGCAAUUUCGAGAUAAACGAAAAACUUUUCAAACGUGUUCUCCCUUGGGUCGAAAACGAACAAAAUACUUUGUUAGAUCACUCGUGUAACUGUAGAACGCAGUUUGUUAUUUGUUUUCUCUAUGUAACCUAUAUAACGUGUCGGAAACGAACACCGAACGAUGAAACAAAACUAAAAUAUUGUCAUUGAGGAAAAAACGGUCACUAACAAAAAGGGUAAUGAUUCUAGCACAAUGAGGAUCCGAAUAAACCAUCUAAACAAGAGGACAGUCUGUGAACAAUCUCUGUGGGAUACGAUGUAAAAAAUGUAAUGAAACUAUUUGUAAUAUGUUUGUAAAUCAGAAAUUUCUAUAAAUAUAUUUUAACGAAGCAAGAUCGCGCGGAAAUGUAAAGAACAAGUCAUCAGAAAAAAGUAAUCAUCCAGUGUUAAGGCUAAACUCGUGAUAUGUACAGAGAAAAAAACUUUUUUACUAACCUGAAAAAGAAAAACUAAAUAUCAGCUAAACACACAGUCCUGAAUAGGGAAAACAUCCGGUAUUGUAUACAAAUUGAACACACGGAAAAAAUUAAACUAUUUUUUUCAAUUAGACAGAAUCGGAGCGUCUUAUUUUACAUACACUCACAUCCGGACAGACAAAGAAAUCCUAAACAAAACACAACAACAGUUCCAAUAUUAGAUUAUCGCUGAUGCAAGACAAAUUUCGAGGAGAAAGAAAAUCGAUCUGUGAUUACAUUCUUCUUUUUCAUUUAUAAAUUCAACUUUUGUUUGUUGUGUAAUACUUUGUAGGAGAAGAAGAAGAAAACAAACUAAUUUUGAACAUAAAGCGAUCGAAAGAGACCACUGUAAAAUGUGUACAAUUUUAUAAAUAGACUAUUUUAAAAAUUGAUCCUGAGCAAUUCUUGACAAAGUUUCGGCUUUCCGCGAUCCAUGAGACAGACAAAAACCGAACUCAAAUGCAGUGAGGUGCAGUUUUACCAAUUUUCACGUGGUUGCUUUUUUAUAUAAAAGAUAUUAAAAACAACAAAAUUUUCUACAGUGCAUUUCGGGCGAGACAAAAGCGUAUUUUUGUACUGAGGAGAGGGUUUGAGAGCAGUUUUUAUAUGCAAACACACACACACCCAACAUGGUUCGGACUCAAGAAUUUUACUUUGUACAAUAAACGUGUAAAUUUAUUUCACAUACUAACUGAUUUGUAAUUAUAACAAACAAAACGAAGUGAACUGAACUGUUGAUACUCAGAGCCAACACGGGAGAAGAACUGUACAUUCUUUGUGAAAAAUAUCAUCUGUAAAAAGCAAAUUAAGAGCAAACACAAACACACACCUAACACACUCUCUAGUGAAAGAGGCAACCCCUUGCCAGAAGGAUUGCGCAGCUUCCUCUGGAUGCACAAAAUCCAGCGAAAAAAAAACACAAAAAAUCAAUGACAAUAUUUUUGAUUUUCAUUCCGCUUGCCGAAUACGCCUUCCGCGUGAGCAAGGCUAAGGCCCCCAGGGCAAAAAGGUCGAGCCCUGAUUGCCCCCUGCCGCCGGGGUGAGCAAUAUUCAUUGUGUACAAUUUUGUGAAGUUUUACGUUUCUAGGCAUAUGCAAAUUAGAUGCAAAAACAACAGCGAUGUACAUAAUAGAACACAAGCGGGGGAGCUCGUCUCCUCCUAUCGGGAUUAGGUAUUACCAAACAAAUGUUUCUAGAGAAGUGAAUAGAACACAUAAAAAAACUGCCACCACUUGCAAGUAAAUACAACAACACAGCAACCAACAACAACAACAAAAGUAACAAGAUAGCGAAACCUAGCUAAUUUAACCGUGCACACAGCGCGCAAGGCAUCGUUGCCCGAUAUCAACACAACAGAGCGAGAACAGCCGCCGUAUGCCGAAUUGUUUUUUUUCGUUUGCGAAUAAAAACCACAGAAGCAUCAGGAAAAUGCGAAAAUUUUCAGUUCGAUCUUAGCAUUUUCGCUUGAUAACAACAUUUGUUUUAGAAUGCAUAGCUUUGAACAUAUAUAGGCAAAACUAAAUAGCAAAAAGUGCGGAUUUUUUACUAAACGGAUGGAAGUCUGACUAGAGAUUCGGGGAUAAUGACAAACCAAUCGAUUGAAGCGAGGCGAUGGUUAACAUUUUAUUUAGGUACUAUCAGAGAAAAAAAAACAAAGCAAGUUAGAAAAAAACUACUCCCAGCUGAAAUGAAAACAAGUAAAUGAACAGUAAAGAAUAUUGAGAUUUUCCAUUCUAAGUUAAGGUCUCCAAUAUUAUUAUAUUUUUGGUCUGCGCAAGACAGGACAUUUUUCUACACACGAGCAUAGUUCAUAGCGAAAUACAUAAAAUCAAACAGAGAACAGACUUGUGCAGCUUUUUUGCUCAUGUUUCCUUCAUUUGUAUGUUUCUGCAAUUAUCAUUUGCGCUUGAAGGCGCGCAUUUUUACUCUAUCAUUAAUAUUAUCGUAAUCAUUAUUAUUAUUAUUACUAUUAUUAUCAAUUAAUUCUUUGUCAAUAGAGAGACUCGAGGACAGCUUAAUUAAUUUAUUUUUACUACUGUUGGAACACUAUCAAUGUUAGUGACGAUUGGAAAAGUGAACGGAAUGAAAAAAGGACAUGAACAGAAAGUAAAACAAAUGCUAAUGUGUAUAAUUUUUGGAGAAAUACUUUGAAAAAAUUCUAUAAAUAAUGCAUUAUAUAUAUAUGAAUCUUGUAUUGAUAAUGAAACCAUUAUAAAUACUAUACUAUUAUCAAGUAAAUAUAAAUUUUCUGUAAUAUUGAAAAA